CCAAAAACCAAAAACGGCAGGAGAAAGCAAAACAUACCUCGCACCAUACCGUACCAACUCGCGGAAGAAGCGAUAGGAGUCUCGGAGGCUUGUCUCCAGCCAUUCCUGCGUUGCAACCUCCUGCAUUGCAUUGCAUUGCAUUGCGUUGCGCACCACCCGGCGUUUCGGAGCCACCCACCAUGGCGGCCGGACACAACARGGACAACAGGCACAAUCUGCACCCCCGUCCCAUGAACGGCGAGCUUCCGCGGAAGCACCACCACCAGCAACAGAUCCCGCGUGCGAGCCACCGCGGGAGGAGGCAGAAUUGGUGCCGGGCGGUCCUUCUGUACAUCCUGGCCGGGAUCGCCGUCUGCUGGCUGCAGAUCACCGCGAACGUCCUGGCCUUUUUCUGGUCGGACGGCCGCGGCWUCGAUCCGGCCGCGGGAGGCUUCCUUCGGCACGGGGCCGCGGUGCAGCUGCCCCCGGCACCCCCCGGUUCCCCCACCGGAGGGCCGGACCCGAACCACGGGGCAAACUCCACGUCGAACCGGGCGGCGGUUCCCAGCGACCCUUCCGGGGCGUCCCCCGGCCCGGACCCCUCCUCGCUCCGAUCCCAGCUGAAGGACCUCCGGAGCCGGCUCGAGAAAACGAGGGACCGCCUGGAGAAGGAGGCWGGGGACCGCUCCGGACACGCCAACGGGGGGAAGAAGCGGAGGGUCUUUGUUCCCUUUACCAUCCGCGACGCCCAGCGGACGGUCCCGGUCAAGGUYCCCCCCGGCUUUCACGUCUUUGACUUUGUCGACCUGUACGCGACGGACGGGGACCAGAACCAGACGGCCAAGGCKGAGGCUUCUUUCUCCGCCACCCACCGCGGGGAGGGCACCGAGUUCUGGAAGACCCUCCGUCCCUACGCCUCUGUCASAGCGGGAUUCUUCCACAACGGCCGCCCGCUUCCCCCGGAACCACGGGCGGAAGGAGAAGACGAGUGCCUCGGGUACUCCAAGAAGUGCUACCGGUCCAAGUUCCUGAGGAUCCUCCGGUACCUCCUCUCCCUCGAAGAGGAAGACGCCGAUGCGGACGCGGACGUCGACCGCUACUACUUUUACAUGGAAGCCGACAACGACCUGUGCAUUCCGCUGGAGGACCUCGCGGACCUGGCCUACGGGCACCACCGCUACUUUGUCUCCACCGGGGUGGGGGCGAGCGGGUGGAUCAUGAGCCCGGCCUUUCUCCGGGAUUUCUACGGGUUCUGGACGGACAUCGAGCAGCAGAACGACAAACGGUCCCUCGGCCUGGCGGAAGACCAGAUGCUCGAGCCGGACGCGGUCGCGGCRGUGAUGCUCCGGGAGACCAAGAACUGGUCCGUGACCCGGCGGUACCUCACCUCCCACUCGAUCCUGGCCAGCGGCACGGGGGACGCCCCCUCCCUCGCGGCCCUGUACGUCCGCGAGGAAGCCAAGCCGCCGAACGCGACCGACAGCGCGGCCGAAUCCAGCGCAAAGCCCUCCCGCUCGCAAAAGACCCCCUUCGAGAAGCUCAAGGCCCUGGCGGACGAGGCCAAGGCCAAGCCGCCGACGGAGCCGCCGGGGCCGAUCCUGCCGGCCCGGUACCUCCCCCGCUGCCUGGAACCCCACCGCGGGGUCUGGCCGGAGGGAAACGGGGAGGCCGGAGGCGAAGGCCAGAGCGAAAGCGAUGCCGAUGCCGAGCGCUUCGGCCGGCACCACUGGGAGUACUUCGAUUACGACCUCUGUCCCGAGAGCGACAUUUUUCCCUGCGGAGAGGGGCAGYUGCGGUAGGCCCGUUGGUUCGUGCCAGCGUGGAAGGAUCCCUUCUGCUCUUGCCGGCUUCCAUCCCGGGAACGGACGAAAAGCAUCCUUGGGCAGCUWGAGUUCUCUCGAGCUCCUGUUGUGCCGGCGAUUGCAAACGCGUCCGAAGAGCGAGAGACAACGCCAUUUCCGAGUGU